AUGGAUGCACCGAUCACUUUCGAGGCAAAUGAUGUGGAGGAAAACAUGGAGGAUCACAAUGAUCCUUUGAUCCUCACACUUCCCAUAGCAGGGUGCAACAUCAAGAAGAUCCUCAUUGACGGAGGAAGUUCAGUCAACGUAUUGUUCUAUGAUACGUUCAAACGAAUGGAGCUAAACGACGAACAGCUGAUAUCUUCGCACCACACCAUUUAUAGAUUCAACGGGGUUCCUACGAAACCAUUGGGGGACAUUGUUCUACAAAUAAAUGCAGGACCGAUGAAGAUAGACACCUUUUUCAGCGUGGUAGACGCUCCUUCCCCCUACAAUGCUAUCAUCGGACGAAGGUCAAUGGGAUAG